UGGCCUUAUUGUAAUGUGGGUUAAAGUGCAAGAGGGCAAAGUAAUUGGUUAUCUCUCUAUCAGACUGUGGUAAAUAAAACUGUUGGGGAGGUAGUUUAAUCUUUCAGUGAGCGUCAGUGCCCGUUGCGGAGAUUAGAUCUGCGUUUCCAUCAGGACUAGAGCAAAGAUUUAAUCAUUCCUCGGUGUACCAAAGCAAAGACGUUGUCGGGGUCGACUGUUGCCAGAUUUGAAGUUAAUCUUCCGAACGUAUCCAUGUUUGCGGAUCAGCGGCUUGCCCGUGCCCUCGUUUGAGUACGCGCAAGGAGAAGGACGCGCUCGUCUACCCGAGGUUCACCGACCCGAGUUUCUGCUCAGUUCGAGUCUGCCCAAGGAGGAAUUUAUUAUGGAUGUACGAAUGGACAACUUGAGAUGGAGACAGCUCGACUUCUUUGGAUGUUUGUUGUAGUAGGGUAUCACAAGGAUGUCCUCUGUGAUUUGGUCAAUUACUAACAGCUUAAGAAGCAUCAUUGUCACGGACUGUUUAAUGGAGAAGAUACCGGUUCGAUGCCAAUUGUUCAUCCAUGACGGAUACAAGAAUCGUAAAAUUGCCAGCAUGAAUAAAAACUAUAAGAAUCAAUGUUAAAAUCGAUUCUUCAACGUGUACCAUGGCGAAAAGGAUGGGACUGUUAUUUUCGCUGCUGUACUUGGUGGCAGAGUUUGGUCUGAGUUCGCAGCAAGUCCUUAGAAUCGGGGGUAUAUUUGAGACCCUUGAGAAUGAGCCUAUAAGCGUUGAAGAACUGGCCUUCAAAUUUGCUGUGACCAACAUAAACAGAAACAGGACCUUAAUGCCAAACACCACUUUGACCUACGACAUCCAGAGAAUAAACCUGUUUGACAGCUUUGAGGCCUCUAGAAGAGCCUGUGAUCAGCUGGCUCUGGGCGUGGCAGCCGUGUUCGGCCCGUCUCACAGCUCCUCGGUCAGUGCCGUCCAGUCCAUCUGUAAUGCACUGGAGGUGCCCCACAUCCAGACUCGCUGGAAGCACCCGUCCGUGGACAACAAGGACAGCUUCUACAUCAACCUCUACCCCGACUACGCCUCCAUCAGCCGGGCGGUGCUGGACAUCGUGCAGUAUUACAAGUGGAAGCAGGUCACCGUUGUCUAUGAGGAUGCAACCGGGUUAAUUCGUCUGCAAGAGUUGAUCAAAGCCCCGUCCAGAUACAGCAUCAAGAUCAAAAUCCGUCAGCUCCCAGCUGGAAAUAAGGACGCGAGGCCGCUACUCAAGGAGAUGAAGAAAGGGAAGGAGUUUUACGUCAUCUUCGACUGCUCUUAUCAAACAUCUGCAUAUGUCCUCAAGCAGCUGCUGUCCAUGGGAAUGAUGACCGAGUAUUACCACUUCUUCUUCACCUCUCUGGACCUCUUUGCCCUGGACUUGGAGCCGUACCGCUACAGUGGCGUCAACAUGACAGGCUUCCGGCUCCUCAACAUCGACAGCCCUCAGGUGGCCGCUGUGGUGGACAAGUGGUCCAUGGAGCGCCUGCAGGCUCCUCCCAAACCCGAGACAGGGCUGCUGGACGCCAUGAUGACGACGGAGGCAGCCCUGAUGUACGAUGCUGUGUACAUGGUGGCGGCGGCGUCCCAGCGAGCCUCCCAGAUCACGGUCAGCUCCCUACAAUGCCACCGGCACAAGCCCUGGCGCUUCGGCUCACGGUUCAUCAACAUGUUCAAAGAGGUGCAAUGGGGCGGCUUGACGGGGCAAAUCAUAAUAAACAAGACGGAUGGGUUGAGGAAGGAUUUUGACCUGGACGUCAUCAGCCUGAAGGAGGAUGGCAUGGAGAAGACGUUUAUAGAGGGCACUAGCCGACUAAAUAAAGUGUGGAAGAAGAUUGGCGUAUGGAACUCCAACACAGGCCUUAAUUUGACUGACAGCAACAAAGACAAGUCAACAAAUGUCACAGACUCAAUGGCAAAUCGGACACUCGUAGUCACAACAAUUCUGGAAAAUCCCUAUGUGAUGCACAAGAAGUCUGACAAGCCGUUGUAUGGAAAUGACCGCUUUGAGGGCUACUGUCUGGACCUGUUGAAGGAGUUGUCCAACAUUCUGGGUUUCUCAUAUGAGGUGAAACUAGUGUCCGAUGGCAAGUACGGAGCACAGAAUGACAAAGGGGAGUGGAACGGCAUGGUCAGAGAGCUCAUAGACCACGUGGCAGACCUGGCUGUCGCUCCUCUGACGAUCACCUAUGUGCGGGAGAAAGUCAUCGACUUCUCCAAACCCUUCAUGACUCUGGGCAUUAGUAUUCUCUACCACAAGCCCAAUGGCACCAACCCAGGGGUGUUUUCCUUCCUCAACCCCCUGUCCCCCGACAUCUGGAUGUAUGUACUGCUGGCCUGCCUGGGCGUUAGCUGUGUGCUGUUUGUCAUUGCAAGGUUUACCCCAUACGAGUGGUACAACCCUCACCCAUGCAACCCUGACUCAGAUGUGGUGGAGAAUAAUUUCACCCUAAUCAACAGUGUAUGGUUCGGUGUGGGAGCUCUGAUGCAGCAAGGAUCAGAGCUGAUGCCCAAAGCUCUUUCCACGAGGAUCGUUGGAGGAAUCUGGUGGUUUUUCACGCUGAUCAUUAUAUCCUCCUACACUGCCAACUUAGCUGCCUUCCUCACGGUGGAGAGGAUGGACUCGCCCAUCGACUCGGCCGACGACUUGGCCAAGCAGACGAAAAUCGAGUAUGGUGCCGUAAGAGAUGGCUCGACCAUGACAUUCUUCAAGAAAUCGAAGAUCUCCACGUAUGAGAAGAUGUGGGCGUUCAUGAGUAGCCGGAAGAAUACGGCCCUGGUGAAAAACAACCGCGAGGGCAUCCAGAGAGUGCUGACCACUGACUACGCACUGCUCAUGGAGUCCACCAGCAUCGAGUACAUCAGCCAGAGGAACUGCAAUCUCACACAGAUCGGAGGCCUCAUCGACUCCAAGGGCUACGGAGUAGGGACCCCCAUUGGCUCUCCGUACCGGGACAAGGUGACCAUCGCCAUCCUGCAGCUGCAGGAGGAAGGGAAGCUGCACAUGAUGAAGGAGAAGUGGUGGCGUGGAAACGGCUGCCCCGAGGAGGACAGCAAGGAGGCCAGCGCUUUGGGCGUAGAGAACAUCGGCGGCAUCUUCAUCGUGCUGGCCGCGGGCCUCGUGCUCUCCGUGUUCGUGGCCAUCGGCGAGUUCAUCUACAAGUCGCGCAAGAACCUGGACAUGGAGGAGUGUGCCUCUUUUAGAGCCAUAAUGGAGGAACUUGGUGGGGUGCUCAAGUGUCAAAAGCGCCCGUUAAAGAAAAAGACCAAGGAUGGAGAUGGAGCUCCCAGCUUCCCGUUUUGCCACCCACGGAGAGUGUUUAGGAAAGAAACUGUGGCAUAGAUCUUGAGCCGUCAGAGCACAGGUACCCAGAGUCUGAGGCUCCGUUUGUUUGAUAUGAUACAAAAGUGAGAAUACCUGAGAUUAGGAAUUGUUUAUACAUGUCUUGUGUGUGUGAGUGUGUGCUUUUCUGUGUUUCUCUCUCUCUCUCUCUCUCUCUCUCUCUCUGUAUGAAUGAGUGUGUGUCUGUGUGUGUGUGUGUGUGUGUGUGUGUGUGUGUGUGUGUGUGUUUUGACUUCCACUGACAUGAUGCUGAAGUUAUAUUUUCUGUAUCCAUUCUCUUUCUAUGCUAUUUGACAAUUCGUCAAAAGAUAUACAUCUGGAAAUUCUUUUUUUCUUCCAUUCUGCUUUAAAUGGAAAUAUGUUGCUGUAGACAUUGAUUAAUAAAUAAAUAAAGAUU